AUGGAAGAUAUACAGAAACAGAUAGAUAAGUGUAUAUCACCAGGUGAAGUCAUAGCAACUACUCCAAAUGAAUUCACACUGUCCAGAAGUAUAUCACCCAAUACAACAACAAUGGCAAAUCAACAACAACAACAACAACAACAACAACAACAAGAACAAGUAGAAGCCACUGGUAGUAGCAGUGGUAGUAGCACCACCAAUCAUAAAGAGAUAAUUCUCAAGAAACUUGAAGAGAUUCCAUUGGAUAAAUUAAAAGAAAUCAUUACCAAUCAAAUUGAUUUAGAAAUUCAAUUAAAACAUAAAGAAUUACAAUUAACNGAAAUCAUUACCAAUCAAAUUGAUUUAGAAAUUCAAUUAAAACAUAAAGAAUUACAAUUAACCAAUAAAGAAAUUAAUAAAAUUGAAUCACAAUUAUUAAUAUUACGUAAAUUCUUUGAUAUCCCUACUGAUGUAAAGCUAACUAAUGAACCAAAUGAUUUUACUAUUAAAUAUUUUGACAUUUUGAAUAAAUCAUUAUCAUCAACUUAUGAAAAUAUCAUGAAAUUACAACAGCAACAACAACAAUUACAACCACUACAAGAACACCAAUCCCAAGGGAUUCCCAUUGAACAUAGCCAAUAUCCAGUGAACCCUGCUGGAAUACUGCCUCCAACACCAGCUGGCAGCAGUAGUGGUCAUAUAUAUAGAACAAGAUCAACUACUUCAUCAUUACGUCCAUCAAGUACUUCUCAUAUCACAACUUCCCAAUCCUCAUAUCCACAACAACAACACCCGCAACCACUGGCGUAUCCACCAUAUAACCAACGAGCAUUAGGUUGUCUCUAUAGAAGAACAGAUGGAGUAGUUGUCCGUCUAAAAUGUCCUGAUUGUCAACGAAGUAAUUUCUCAUCAGCACAAGGUUUUUUAAAUCAUAGCAGAAUUGCUCAUGCUAAAGAAUACACUUCACAAGAUGCCGCCGCAUUAAAAUGUGGAGAAAUCUUACCGGAAAUUAAACAAGAUAUACAGGGGGAAGAAAGUUUGAGGAGAUUGAAUGAGAAAGGAAUUGAUCCAAAUCGAAAUUUAAAUAUUUGUGAAAUAUCUUUUGGUGGCACCGGUGGUGCUGCAAGCACCAUCCCAUCGACGAAUGCAAAUACCAAAACCCAUGGAAUUCAUCAACAGGGAAGUGCAUCACGUAUGCCAACAAAACAAGAAAUCUUAUUAAUGAGAACAAAAUCCCCCAAACCUCAUAUCCUCACCUCAUUACAUCAUCAUAAAUUAACAUCUGAAAGUGAAUUAUUUAAAAAAUUAAUGAAAGAAGGAAAAAUGAAACGAGAAGAAUAUGAACAAUUGAUUAAAGAUACUGAAGAACAAAUUGAACAUCCUCAAUUUUUGGAUGAUGAGCUUAAUGAUCAAGAGGAUGAUGGGGAGUCGGAGGCGUCGUCGGGGUUGUCGGCAAAUCCGAGUAGUACUUCUUUGCCUAGUUUGCAUAAGAGGCGACAAUCUCGUGGUGGAAUAAAUAUUGCUAAUAUUGCUAAUGGGGGAAAUGAAAAUAGAGAGGAAAAUGCAAAUGAUGAUGAGGUGGAACUGGAGGAGGAAGCGAAGUCUACUUCUGAAGAAUUGGUGGAUGAUAAUACUCCUGAUAUUAAAAGAAGAAAGAAGUCGUAG